AUGCAAUUUUCCAAUCCAAUCCGUGCUGAAACAACGGUGCAUCAGGUGCCCGGUUUCAGUUAUGAAGAAAUUGACCGAAUAGCUGAACAGACAUUUCGGAGAUACACUACUGAAUCAUUGCCCAAGAGGAAAGGCAAAGGUGUGGCCAUUGUUUGGUUCAGAAAUGAUUUGAGGGUAUUGGAUAAUGAGGCUUUGUUUAAGGCCUGGGUUUCAUCAGAGGCUGUUUUGCCUGUGUAUUGUGUUGAUCCAAGGCUUUUUUCGACUACCCGUUACUUUGGUUUCCCUAAAACUGGAGGCCUGAGGGCACAAUUUCUUAUUGAGUGUUUAGCUGACUUGAGAAAGAAUUUGAUGAAGUGUGGUCUAGACCUAUUAAUUCAACAUGGGAAACCUGAAGAAAUUCUUCCUUCACUUGCUAAAGCAUACGGAGUCCACACUGUUUAUGCCCAGAAAGAAACAUGCAGUGAGGAGCUGAAUGUUGAAAGAUUAGUUUCCAAAAGUUUGCAGAAAGUUGUGCUAUCAUCAUCCGAAGGUCAAUCUGCUAAGCCAAAUUCUAAAAAUAGCACUAAAUUGGAAUUGAUCUGGGGGUCUAGUAUGUACCAUAUAGAUGAUCUUCCAUUCAAUUGCAACUCUUUACCAGACGUGUAUACUCAGUUUCGUAAGUUAGUUGAAUCCAAGUCCAAAAUAAGAAGUUGCAUAAAGAUCCCGACAUCACUCGGUCCAGCGCCCAGCAUAAGGGAUUGGGGAUGUAUACCUGAAAUUACUGUUCUUGGACUAGAGAAAGCAAAGGUUAGCAAAGGAAUGGCAUUUGUGGGAGGUGAAAGUGCAGCAGUGAGUAGAGUAUGCGAGUAUUUCUGGAGUAAGAAUCUAUUGAGGACCUACAAAGAAACCCGUAAUGGAAUGUUAGGACCUGAUUACUCCACAAAAUUUUCUCCUUGGAUUGCCUCUGGAAGCCUUUCACCCCGUUUUAUUUAUGAAGAGGUGAAGAGAUUUGAAAGGGAGCGAGAAUCAAAUGAUUCAACUUACUGGGUUUUGUUCGAAUUGAUAUGGAGGGAUUACUUUAGAUUUCUAUCAAUCAAGCAGGGGAACUCUAUCUUUCAUGCAGGUGGUCCUCGAAAAGUGGAGACUAACUGGAGCCAGAAUCAGACAUUGUUUGAAGCAUGGAGAAACGGUCAGACAGGGUAUCCUCUCAUUGAUGCAAACAUGAAAGAACUAUUGACUACUGGAUUCAUGUCAAAUCGUGGGCGACAGAUUGUAUGUUCCUUUCUUGUACGAGACAUGAAUAUUGACUGGAGAAUGGGAGCUGAAUGGUUCGAGACAUGCCUUUUGGACUAUGAUCCAUGCUCCAAUUACGGUAAUUGGACCUAUGGUGCAGGUGUUGGGAAUGACCCAAGAGAGGAUCGCUACUUCAGCAUUCCAAAGCAGGCGCAGAAUUAUGAUCCUGAAGGAGAAUUUGUGGCUUACUGGUUAACCCAGUUACGAGCACUUCCGAAAGAGAAAAGACACUUUCCUGGACUAUUGUACAUUAAGCCUGUUGUUGCUCUCAAAUUUGGGAACACCAAAACAAGGAAUAGCAAGACAAUGGCCUCUGGAACAAGAACUACAGCAGACGAAAAUAAAUGCAAGGGGCAUAAAGGAAACAGAACGCAAUAA